AUGACUCUGUCAUCCAGUGUUGAAUACACUAUCUUGGAAGCCAAGAAUGCAGGAUGCAUAGGGCCCAAGAGACCUGGGUUAACUUUUGCUGCUGCAUCCAUUCUAAGUUGGCUAAAGGCAAGGCAUCUUUAUAUUUGCGACUUUCACAAAAACUUAAUUCAGAGCGUGAGAAACAGAAGAAAGAGAAAAGGCAGUGAUGAUGAUGGUGACUCGCCAGUGCAAGACAUUGACACUCCAGAGGUUGAUUUAUAUCAGUUGCAAGUAAACACGCUUCGAAGGUACAAAAGACACUUCAAGUUACAGACUAGACCAGGACUCAACAAAGCACAGCUUGUUGAAAUAAUUGGUUGCCAUUUUAGGACAAUUCCAGUGAAUGAAAAGGACACCUUAACAUAUUUCAUCUACUCAGUGAAGAAUGACAAGAACAAACCAGAUCUAAAGAUGGAUAGUAGUGUUCACUAGGAUAGAAAAAAUUGGGACUAAGACUUGUUACAAAUCAAAAGACUGUUUUUGACAUACAGAAGCCUUCUUUGUAAAUUUUUUUCAGAGAAUUGUCUCUGACUUAUUUUUCAUGGUCUUGCUGACUCAUUUGAAAACAGCCUCCUCUAAAAUGCAAUUUCCUUGGCAAAAAUAUUUUAAAUAAAUAUUAUUGAUAUUGUUGCUGAAGUGGGUGUGUUUGGAAUUUAUUUAGUGGGUUGCCGUGUCUGCAUAGUUUGAGAUUAGUCAAUAUAUAUUUAUUACUAUUAAAUGUUCAUUGUGUUCUUCAGUUAUAGAACUAUACUAAAUGUUUGAAAUAUGUUUAGAAAGAAUCACAGUGCAAUAUUGCUGCAGCAUUUAGAAAACAGUGUUUUAAGAUAAAAGGCCAUAAUAGAAUUGCGCUGGACAUCAUGAAAAAGUUCUACUUGUAGUUAAUAAUAAGCAUAACUGUCUGAAUAACUCCUAGUCUACUAAAACUGACAUGCUGGGUUUUUUUUAGAUUUAUCUCUUCAUUAUCUUAUCUUUUGGGAUAUGAACUGCCAAUAUUUAAGGUCUUCCUGCCAGUGUAGAAGAGAGGUUAUUGUUAGGACUGUUGGUUAUUUAGUGUUAUAAUACCUGCAGUUCUAAGUAUAGAUCUGUUCUCCUUCGAAAAGAGGUUCUGAAUGCUGCUACUCCAUUUAUCUCUGUCUAUCUAUAAUAUAAAAAUAUGCUGUGUUGUAGAUCUUACAUUGAAGAAUGGAGAAUUGAGUUUUUGCUGUGCAGUCUGUAGUAUGUUAAUUCAUUUCAUUUCUUGUUCCAUUGAAGCCUGCAAUAACUAAAACUAUAAACACAAGAAGGUAACAAAUCUUCAGGUACAUCACUGAAAUCUGCACACUGUAUAUUUUUUUCUUUAGUUGUCUAAAGCAGUGGGGCCAACCCUUGUGCCAUGCAUGCCACAAAUUAGCCCCGCAUCCUCCACAAGAGUUACUCCAAUCCUCUUCCCCUGUUCAAUCUGCUACCCUGCUUUCUGCUCUCAACCCUGUGUUCCCUGCUGAAUCUUCUGCUAUGCCCCCUGCUCCCUGGCAGAGCUGUUUGUCGUCACAUGCCACUUGUAACACUCAUGCUGCAGGUUGGACACCUCUGUUCUACAGCAUUUGUUACCAGUGAUAUUAAACAUUCUGUAGUUCCACUUAAGACGGAAACAUUAGGAUCUAGUUGAAGUGCUUUUCCCUCUGUGAUGCCUACUGACUCCUGUGUGUAUGAGGAAGGAGCAAAGAGGUACUAGUAUCUAUCUCAGGAUACAUCUGUGUCCCCCUAGAUUUGCUUGAUAGUCAUAUUGGAUAUCACUUCCUAACCAAGUCUCAGCCACUUUCUCUGCAAGAAAAAAGACCAUUUUUGUAUUUAAAACUCACAUAUUUUCUUGGUACUACACAUAGGUGUUUUAGCAAGCUCUUGCUGGAAUCAAAAAAAUUGUUCUUUCUGCUCAGCAUCAGGCUAAUUAGAUGUUUGAUUUAAGGUUCUGUUUUGUUCUUCCUCCUUCCCCGCCUCCUCUUCACCUGUUAUGCUUUGUUCACAACUUAGUCGUCAUCACUAAGUGCAAAACAAUAUCUUUCACUGCAGUUAUUAAAUAAUGGAAUUUCUUUA